AUGGAAGUGAGUGGUUAUUGUAUAGAUGUUUUUAAGGGUGUGAUUGAAGCUUUGCCUUAUGCUGUUGCUUAUGAAUUCAUUCCUAACGACAAAUCUAAUGCACAUCCUGGUGGUAGUUACAACCAAUUGACCCAUCAGCUCUUCCUUGGGAAGUUUGAUGCUAUGGUAGGUGACAUAACAAUACGAGCCAAUAGGUCUGGGUACAUAGACUAUACAUUGCCAUUCACAGAAUCUGGCGUAUCCAUGGUAGUGUCGAUGAAGAGCAGCAAGAACACUAGCAUGUGGGCUUUCUUAAAGCCUCUUACUUGUUACACUGCAAGUUUGGCUUCACUUUUGACGGUCCAAGAGCUCAAACCAACUGUAACUGAUAUCAAUCAACUUCUUAAAAAUGGAGAGAACGUUGGGUAUCAAGGAGGUUCUUUUGUGUACGAGAUUCUCAAGUUGUUGAAGUUCCAUGAUUUCCAACUCAAAACUUAUCAAUCUCCAGAACAAAUGCACGAACUUUUUCUCAAAGGAAGCAUCAAUGGCGGAAUUUCUGCAGCUGUGGAUGAAAACCCUUAUAUUAAGUUGUUUCUUGCCAAAUAUUGCUCCCAAUAUACCACCAGCGAACCCAAUUACAAAGCCGAUGGAUUUGGUUUUGGUUUUCCGAGAGGCUUGUCGUUAGUACCUGACAUUUCGAGAGUGAUUUUGAAGGUAAGAGAGGGUGAUAGAAUAAGAGAGAUCGAAAAUGCAUGGUUCAAGAAGGUGAGAGAAUGUUCGAGUUCAGAAGCCGUUGAAUUGUCUUCCUCCCGCCUCAGUAUCGACAGUUUUGAGGGACUUUUUCUCGUAACCGGCAUUGCUUCCAUGUCUUUUGUGGUCUGUUACCUUGUUGUCUUUCUCUACAAAGAACUGCCACAGUCUUGGAAACCUAAUGGGUCCUUCCAGGAAAUAAUACAUGAGUUGUUUUCCACGUUCCUGACUAUAGAUGACGUAGCUAUAGCUAUUCGAAGAAGUCUUGAACACCAAGAUUAA